CUUACUGCUUUGCUACCGUCUUUGAAAUGUUCAUAACUUAAGCUCAGCGCAACGAGCGCUUGCGUAUACAAUUUCUUCGUCUAGCCUUUUGCUGGGCCAGUUCUAGGCUGGCCCACCUUUAGGAAUGCCGCUCUUUUCAUGUUUCGGAGGGCCGCCGGCCCCCAAGGCAGCACCAGCUCAGUCAGCGCAACGCAAUGCUCCUCCCAAGGAUGAAGUGCCGAACCCGCUAGCAAGCACCCCGUCGCCAGCGUCCGCUCAGGCUUCACUAGGAGUAUCUAAGCCGCUGGAGUCAUCUGCGGAAGCGAAGGUUCUGGGGCAAGCUGGAAGCAGUGCACUGUCGCAGAACCAGUCGGGUGAAAAGGCCGGCAGCGACUUCACCCGGAGCACGCAGAAUGCCUCGGCCUCGGACAAGGACAAAGGAGGCACGCGGGGCUCCGGAGACGCGCCACAAUCGACGCCGGAACAGAUGCAGUCCUCAGACCCGGCAGACGGGGGGCUGGAGCUCUCCACUGGCGACAAAAAAGUGGUCCCCGCGCCAACAGCGAUACCGCCGGUACCGGGCCAGCCGGGGUGCUACACCCACAGCCUGAAGCUCACAAGCGAGCAGACCCUGUGCCAGUCGAACAUGCAGCUGUGUCGACCCGAAGAGCUGGUCGGAGACAUCAAGGACUUGGCCUUCAUCGGGAACGGGUCUUUCGCCGCGGUCUUCAAGGGACUCUGGCAAGACGCGAAGGUGGCCAUCAAGUUCGUGGUCUCCGACAGCUUAAACUCAAAUAGCGUGACGCUACGAGAGUCUCUGCUGGGCCAGCUACUCAGCCACCCCAACGUCAUCCAGACCUACACGACGCGGUGCGCACUCAUGGACGACGAGUCGCUUCACACCAUCCACGGCGCGGCAACGGAGGACGCGCGGCGGCUCAGCGGCGACAGCUUGCGCUUCGUCAGCGGCGACGGCUUCGGCGACCCGCGGCACAAGGCGGGCGGCGGCACCAUCUCCGUGUCCAACAUCCUGCUGCAGCUGCAGGUCAAGCCGGGCCAGUACGUGGCGGUGGUCAUCAUGGAGUACGCCGACAGGGGCACGCUGCAGGAGGCCAUCUACAAGCGGCAGGUCUUCCGGGAAAGCCCGCGCUGGAACAAGCGCAUCGCGGCGCGCGCGCUGUUCCGCACGGCACGCGAGAUCGCGCUGGGCAUGAAGCACCUGCACAGCAGCAACAUCCUGCACGGCGACCUGAAGCCGGGCAACGUGCUGCUGACGUCGGCGCGUGUGGACCGGCGCGGCUUCAUCGCCAAGCUGGCGGACUUCGGGCUCAGCCACGUGGCGCACGGGCCCAUCGCCACCAACACGUGGGGGACGCUGCGCUACAUGGCCCCGGAGCACUUCAGCGGCACCAUGUCCAAGGCCACGGACGUGUUCGCGUUCGGCAUGCUGCUGUGGGAGAUGGUGACGGGCAAGAAGCCGUACGAGAACAUGACGCAGGGGGAGGUCAUCCAGUCCGUGUCGCAGGGCCUGCGGCCCCAGUGGCCCCCCGACUGCUUCCCGCACCUGGAGUACCUGGGCAAGCGCUGCAUCGCGCACAACCCCGCGGACCGGCCCACCUUUGGCGAGAUCGUCAAGGAGCUGGAGGACAUGGAGGUCAUGCUGCGCGAGCUGCUGCAGGCCACGCGGGAGUCCACCGGCAUGGGCGCGGCGGGUGGGCCGGGCGGCAGCACCUCGCAGGCGGGCGCGGAGGGGCAGCAGCAAUGACCCGGCCCGGAGGCACCCGCCGGCGUGCGGGAGGCCGCUGGCGGGCCCGGACCCGGCACAAGCAGCCAGGCGCCGGAGGCGUGAGCGGCUGUGUGUGGGAUCUGGCGUGCCAUCGGCGGCAGCAGGAGCAGUGACAGCAGAGGCGGGGGGGGGGGGGGAGCAGCAGUGGCAGCAGCGCAAGGAUCGGGAGGAGCGCCAGUCGGCGUGGGGGUGGGGGAGCCUCAGGCUGUGAGGGUAGCUGGCGGCGCGGGGCUGUGCAGGCAACGGCCGGCGGCCGGCGGCCGGGCCGCACGGCUGCAGUUGCGGCUGCGGUAAGCAUACUUGUCUUGGCACCGCGGCGGGGGGCGAUGGGCGCGUGUGGUUGGGUGGGGGGCCGUAGAGGGGCGGAGGACAUACGCACACGCAGAUGGCGGGCUGCUGCCACGGCGUUUGCCCGGCGUCAGCAGUUGCGCGGCCUGCUGUCACAGCGGCCGCGCGCACGCCAUGCACGCGCCCGGCCGCCGGACUGGUGCAGCGACGGAGAAGCGCACUGGCGGCGUCGCGCGUCCAUGUGUUUAGCCUUGUGCAUACGUCACCGGCUACGGCCGAGCCACGCCAGCUGGAGGAGGACAGCCGUUGCGGCACACGCGGCACAUACGGCUGCAGAACUAUUCGAAUGAGUGGAACCCACUGCUUACCUGGCGGCAGCUACAGCAGCAACUGCAGCUGCGGCGGCAGGGCCGGCCGUGCUCAAGGGCGGCUGUGCCGAGUGGCUUACUCAUGCCCCGCCGCGGGGGAUUUCUGUUCAUCUGUUCAUCCAUGCGCGGGCGCGGUAAGGCGGGUUGACAGAGGUACGGUGUUGACGGAGUUGUAGCUCUUGCGAGAGGAGAGCUGCUGCAGCUGACGGCACGAGUGCUGGCCGGGCCGGCGGCCAGUGAAACGGGAUCGGCAGUGGACGGAUCGGCAGGACACACGUGUGCGCUUGGAUGUUUCAAAGGCACCCGCUCGUGCCGUAUAUGCAUUUGUGCUUCUGUAUCUCAUCUGCCGUUGGAGAGGGCAAAAGCGUUGGCAGCUGCGUGGAUGCUGCCGACUGCUGACACAGAGGUCAAGAGGUACACACGGAGAACAGACACUUGCGACCAAUGCCAACACCGCAUGCUGGGGCGGCGGUGCGCCCACACCGCCGGGCCAGAGAGCUCGGCGGCGGCGUGCUUAUCGAUGGUCCCACAGGUGUGUUUAGCUUGCCUGAAGACUGGGCCGGCAUGUGGGUUGCGCGUAGCAGAGAACGAGGAUUAUUGCGUAGCGCGUGUGUAUCGCAAUUGUCUACUAAAGCAUUUGUGUGUGUUGGACGUCCGGGACGAUUGCUGUGUGAAGUGAGCCGUGCGCGGCUGACCGGGCAGGGAGGGUCCGGUGUUUGUUGUUGGACGUACGGUAUGUGGGUGUGUGGAGGGAUGGGGGCUUGUCCCUGUGUUGCGUGUGAAGCAUUGCUACCCGCCGAAGAAGGGGCGAGGCACAGGCUUGUUGGUCGGCUGCGGCGCUCCGGCGCUUUUGCACGGGGUCCCUCGGAAGGAUGUGUACCUGUUGCGGCCUACAAGGCCUGUGUUGGUAAACAAACAAUGGUACAGGUUUUUAGGUUUUACACAGGCAUGAUGCGGUUUGUCGGUCGGGGAGGAAGGCGGGCAAGGCUGCGAGUGCACGGGCAUGGCGCUAGGUGCGGGCCGAUGGCUGGGCUGCAGGGGUGCUUGGCUGGCAGCCAUUGGCUGGCUGGGGCGCCUUGAUCGCGAGGGUGGCAGCGGCCGUUGCGGCGGCAGUGCCUGGGGCCAGGGCCUGGUGGGCCGCGCAAGCGUGCUGCUAGGCGUGGCACGGAGCCAAUCAGGCGUGCAGCACGGGUGGAGCCGGCAGGGGGUGUUCACUCAAGUGCAAGGCGUGCGUUGGUUGAAUGUUACUGAUGUGUGGCGGGGGUUCGAGACGGAGAAACGGGACAUCCAAUGACUUGUGUGCAUGGUGUGCGAGCUGCUAAUAACGGAUUGCCGAUUCCUCUCAGCGCUAGAUUGUGUAACACGGUCCGUGA